CCGGAAGUAGUCUCAGGAGGGAGAGUAGGCUAAUUAAUGUUUCCGUGUAUUGCAGACAAGUAUUACAUGCCGAGUUAUUUAAAAUGACAUAUGACAUCUAUGAUUGUAUUCGCGGAACGUCUCUGUCAACAUGAGCUUGGUCGGGGAUGUCAGGGGAGGACACUGAACUCACACACUGUUGUAUAUCAUCCUGACUGAGGCUUACGAAUGUCCCGAACACUGACAGCCAUGAGCGACAGCGCAGUGACCAGCAGCCAGCAGCAGUGGUCGGGGUCCGGGCAGCCGCCACGGCCUUCCCAGGGCCCCUAUAUCUCAGUCAUCACCAACAGGACCACCAACCUGGUGAUCCGAGGGGCCAUGCUGUUCUCUGUGGGCGUCUUCCUGGCCCUGGUGCUGAACUUACUUCAGGUGCAGAGAAACGUCACCCUCUUUCCCCCCGAUGUCAUCAGCAGUAUCUUCUCCUCGGCCUGGUGGGUGCCGCCAUGCUGUGGCACAGCCUCGGCGAUGAUCGGGCUGCUGUACCCCUGCAUCGACAGACGACUGGGCGAGCCGCACAAGUUCAAGCGGGAAUGGUCCAGCGUGAUGCGCUGUGUGGCUGUGUUUGUGGGCAUCAACCACGCCAGCGCUAAAGUGGACUUUGCCAACAACGUCCAGCUGUCUCUGACUCUGGCGGCGCUCUCCAUCGGCCUGUGGUGGACGUUCGACCGUUCCCGCAGCGGCUUUAUCCUGGGAGUCAGCAUCGCCCUGCUGGCAACGCUGGCCACCCAGCUCCUGGUUUACAAUGGAGUCUUUCAGUAUACGUCUCCAGAUUUCCUGUAUAUCCGCUCCUGGUUGCCGUGCAUCUUCUUUGCGGGGGUGAUAACUAUGGGAAACAUCGGACGGCAGCUCGCCUUGUAUGAAUAUAAGUUCAUUCAGGAAAAGACCCAUCAGGACUGAUGGAUCUCUUGGGCAUUUGCAUGCAGCGUCGACCAGGACUGGCUGGUCCCGGAUGAGCCGGUCAGGCACGUCGGACGAGUCCCGAGCUCCUGAUUGGCUGCUUUCUGCCGGACUAAACAGUAUUUUUGAUUGGCUCUCGGUUCGGCCGCCGGCCGCGGUCGGACCUGAGCCGAAGGGACGGCGAGAGCAGAGUUUGUUGUGUUUUUUUCUUCGGUGCAGUUUAUCUCUACUUACCUGGAAAGGGAUUAGCGGCGAGGCGUCUAUCGUUCUUCAGAUCAGCUCGAAUGUUUGAAACCUUUGGCUCCAUUGUGCCAAACGCAGUCACACAGGGGAUCAGUCUUAAAGUCUGCUCUUAUCUGCUGAUUCUUUCCCAUCCUUCACGUAUCAGUGGAGAACACACAGCCCAGUUAACGUGUAUCUGAAGAGAUAUGCAUCUGUAUCCCAGACCUUUUUAUUGUAUGUAAUUAUUAGCUUAUAUCUACAUUUAUAUUCUCUGAUAAAGGAAUGAUGAUGUGGCUGUGAGGACUCACGGCGUUCAGUGUUCAGCUGCUGUGGGUGUGAUGUACAGUAUCAUCAGAUCCAAAGAAUGAAAGGAUUCAUGAAGCUUUAGAGGCUUUGUGUUCAUACGAAUGAUGUAAGUGGAAAUUAGUUUUAUUCAUAUAUAAACGGUGAGUUUUAAGCACAUUAAGACAUUUUUUAAAUUGUAGGAUGUUUUUAAUACUUUAUUUCAGGGAGCAACAUUUGUCUAAAUAUAUAUAUAUAUAUAUAUAUAUAUAUAUCUGUAGCCUUCUCAGUUUCCUGCUAAAAACAGCAGGAAUGCCAAAUUUCCCCACUUACUGUCUUCAUAGUGUUAAAUACCUAAAACAUAUGACAGUAGAUAAAGGAGACAGGUAGUUAGAACUUAAAGUAGAAUCAAACAGUCCAUCUCUGAUCGUAUGUAUGAUCCUGUAUAACUCGCUGUCUCAGCUUUGAUAUUUACAGACGCAGAAACGAUGAACUGAUCUUUGUUGAUGUCUCACCGGCUCAUGAAGGACACGCGGCGUUAUGAGUGUGAGGUAUUGGACGGAUCCCGUCUGCAGGCGUGUUUUCGAGCUCACUGGAUCCGCAGCACUGCACACGUUCCUUUGUUCCGGCUGGAGGAUUCGCUGCAGGAGAUGUUUCCUCUGCUGUUAACGCAGCUACAUGACUGUUAGACCAGCAGCGUUCACAGUCUGCUCCGUGUGUGUGUGCUGGGUGGAUGAGCUGAGAAACAAAGAAGAAAUCCUGCAGAAUAAAAGCAGUGCACCUGUAAGAGGUGUGACUGGAACAUUUUUCUAAGAAUUUGGAAUAAUUAGAUUUGCAGCAUUUAAGACAGGAACUAUAAAAACAGUGUUUUUGUAAUAUUCCUUGAUAGAGAUUAGAGAAAUGUGCAGUUUGUUUUAUAUCAGCUGUGUAGCAACUGUAAAUAUGUCAGAAUGUGAGAAAUGCUUCCUUCAGGAUGGAUUGUAUUGUGGUCAAACAGGGAUUCGUAGUUCCACUCACUGAAACACCCUCUGAAGCAUGAACAUGUGGAAUAAAGAUCAUGGCCUUUUGGUAA